AUGAGGACCAUUGCGGUUGCCGUUUUGAUGAUUCUGGCUAGCGCCAGCGCUGUGCCCCAAGUUUAUGACUUGGACGAGAGAAGUAACGUGAUUACCGUUAUCCAAGACGCUAUUGACAGGAUAAAGGAACUUAUCACCGACCCAAUUGUCGUUGAAUUGGCGGAGGGCGACUAUGAGCUACCUAUUCCCGGAAUUUUCUCUGCCACUGCCUUCGUUAAAGACAUUAGUGUAACCGGUGCCAGCAAUAUCGUUAUUGACAAUAUCGAUUAUUCGGAGACGACAAACAAGCUUUCUCUUGAUCUCUCCCUGCCCGAAGUUCGUGCUAGAUUGGGCGCUGCGGAGGCACAAGUCACGAUCCUUGGUUUCACUCUUCGUGGUAUAGCUGACGGCGAACUAGCCAUUUCUGGUCUCCGCAUUAGUAGUGAGAGCACCGUUAAAGUUGAUGACUCUGGGACUUCAGUUAGCGAGCUUGUCCUAUCUUCGAGCCUUGAAGGCGUUCAGUCUUCUAUUCACUUGAACCUCUUCGGUUACGACUUGUCAGUAUAUGUCAACAACUUCUUCGGGAGAACUCUGCCCGAGCUUCUCAGCAGCUACGUGGAACCCAUUAACCGAAUACUUGCUCGUCUCAUCCUGUUCCUGCUCGAACGCGUUUUG